AUUUCCGGGUUGGGCAUCGGAAACACUCCCGUCUUGUAAAAGGCGGAUCCCUCACCGCUACUUCACCUCUCACAACUUCUCCACAGCCAUUUUUUUUAUCCCAGCUUCUCGUUAGAAGACAUUUUUAAACUAUUAAAAACAACGUUACUUUCAUUUAAUCCAGGCCCGACGACCGAGGACCGCUCCAGAGUUCCGGCUCCAGCUAGCUAACUUUAUAGCAUUAGCAUCUAAGUUGACAACUGCAGCAGCAGCAGCAGCACAACAGGGAGGAAGCAGAGGCAGCACCGGAGCAAAGACACAGGAAGAUGGGCGACAAAGAGCUGAUGUGGGCACUGAAGACCGGGGACCUGGACGAGGUCAAAGCCAAACUGGAGACGGCUGAAGAUGCCAACCGGACCCUGGAGGGUGGGAGGAAGCCUCUGCACUAUGCUGCUGACUUUGGUCAGACAGAUGUUGUGGAGUUCCUCAUUUCUAAGGGAGCAGAUGUCAACGCUCCUGACAAACACAGCUUAACUCCACUGAUCUCUGCCUGUUUAGAGGGUCACAUCUCCUGUGUCAAGGUCCUGCUAGAAAAGGGAGCUGACAAAGACUGUAAAGGACCGGACGGCAUGAGUGCCUUUGAAGCUGCCGAGAGCGACGCCAUCAAGGCGCUGCUCAAGUGAGAGCCCGUAGAGCGGGAGGUGGCUGGACAGGUGGGUGGGCGGACGGACAGAUGGACGCAGUGGUCCCCAGAUAGAAGACGGACGCAUCACUUUUACCCUCCAUCAACCUCUGUCUCCACACUGCUUUUGUCUGUUUGCUCCAGGGUCAUUUCCUCUGUCCUGUGACUUUCCUUCCCCCCCCCCCCUUUUUUUUUUAAAAUUGUUUUUCUUUUCCACCCCCUGAGUUUUUUUUGGGAUAGGAUUUCUCUCUUCCUUCGGCCUCCUGUUUGUAGCCAUUUAACAAAAAGAACAGUAAUGUCUCCCUUGGGGACCAAUCACCGGGGGGGGGGGAGCACUCCUGACACCCACAUCCUAAAACACUGCUGACUAGAUAUAUGAACAUGUAACGUCAAACGCAAAGCUUAGCACUUAAAUCCACAUCACUGUUUUGGUAACGAAGAUCAAUCGUGUGUUAAUAUUAUUACUACAACUCCACUCUGAGUAUUUUAAGGGCCAGGACUUAAUCUCAUGAACAGUAACUGCACUGUACUCUACUAGUUAUGUCUAAAAAGAAAGAAAGGUUUUAAAGUUAAAUUAUAUUAACCUUUCAUUGUGCGGCCUCUUCCUCAACGUUGAUUUCAUUUUAGUAGAAGUAACUUUGGGUCAGAGAGGCAAGAGGUCAGAUUCUUCUUUUUCCACUUGGCCCAGGAUCCCUUGCAUAUCAAAUGGUGUUUUUCUUUUUAUGGACAAAUCUUACGUUGGUAGUGCACAAAAGAUAUUCUGUAUUAUUUGACCAAUCACCAUGCUGGCUAACUAGAAAGACUUGAAUGUUGCAAUUCUCUUACUGGAUCUGUUUUUUUGAAGCAAUCGUAACAUCACUUUAAUAGGAUGGGCAAUUUUUAAGAAUUGGGUUUAUUUUGUCGCCCCUUGGAGUGAGAUUUCAGAUUCUACUUUUUCGUUACCGCUUCCCUGUGUGUUUUGUAACCGAACUGAGGGAUAAACGGGGGGGGGGGGGGUGGGGGGUUGUGUUGAAACUGGAUGAUAGGGGCUGUUAGUAUCCCCCUGGCCUUGGAUUUGGUUAACCCCCCCUCCCCCCGGGGCCUGUAUCGCUGCAUGUCAAAACGGCCUCUUGCUUUUACGCUAAGAAAACGCUCGCUGUCCCUUCUUGUUUGCUUUCAAAUGAAUUACUACAAUGUAAUUGAGGUUUAAAAAAAAAUAAAACAUUAAAAAAGAUGCUCUUGCUGACUUUGUUGUGACAAAAAGUCUGUAAAAAAAAUAGAAAUAAAAAUAUCUCUAAAACUUU